GAGCAGCUCGCUAGCGGAAGUUAGCAUCCCACUCGCGUGGAGGCGCCGCCGGACUAGCUUAGCAUCGAUUGUGUUUGCAGCGGCAGCAACAGCAACAGCGAUGCCGGCAAUGUUGGACAGAAGCGCGGAGGUUUUGGGCAAGAGGAGAAGCAGAGAGCGUCGACAAGCAGUCAGCAUCGGCGGCAAGAGUGUUUCCGGUGCGGGGAGCAGUAGAAGCUGCUGGGAAGAUGGAAGUUCACUUUCUAGCAGUGAUGACGAGCACGGAGGGGGCGGAAUGCGGGUCGGACCACAGUACCAAGCCUUGGUUCCAGACUUUGACCCGGAGGUGGCGAGGACGUGUCAGCAGGCAGACAGUGUGGACAUGUCUGACAUGUUGGUGUGGACGCCCAGCAGUAAUGUCCACAAUCAAUUGGAUGAGUACAUCACCAUCGCUAAAGACAAACACGGAUACAACAUGGAACAGGCCCUGGGCAUGUUGUUUUGGCACCAGCACAACGUGGAGAAGUCCUUGGCCGACCUUCCGAACUUCACCCCCUUCCCUGACGAGUGGAGCGUGGAGGACCGGGUUCUGUUCGAGCAGGCCUUCAGCUUCCACGGGAAGAGCUUCCGCCGCAUCCAGCAGAUGCUCCCUGACAAGUCCAUGGCCAGCCUGGUGCGCUUCUACUACUCGUGGAAGAAGAGCCGCACCAGGACCAGUGUGAUGGACCGACACCACCGCAGAGUCAAGCGGGACAAAGACGACAGUGAUGACGAGAGUCGUGGAAACGCUGCCAGUGAUUUGGAGUCCACUCACAUCAAAGACGCCCCCAAGGAGUUGACUUCUGGGACCUGUGACAAGUCAGAGGUGAAAACUGCUGCUGGACUCAAAUCAGCAGGCGUCAGAGCGUCCCACAGGGCCAAGAAGCGUCCACCCAGAGGAAUGUUUCUGAAGCAGGAUGACGUAGCUUCACUGUCCUCUUCCACGUGUGCUCAUGGCGUCCUGCGACACCUUGAUGCUCAGCUCAUGGCUGUCAAGAGACAGGUUCAGAGCAUGAAACAGGCCAACAGUAUUCUGAAGGAGAAGCUGGACUGUGGAGUGGAUGAGUUCAGACAAGCUGAGGUGAGCUGGAAGGUAAACAGUCGUUGGAGUACAGAGGAGCAACUUUUGGCAGUUCAAGCCAUCAGGAAAUAUGGGCGGGACUUCCAGGCCAUCUCCGAUGUGAUUGGUAACAAGUCGGUGGUCCAGGUGAAGAACUUCCUGGUCAACUACAGACGCAGGUUUAACCUGGAUGAGGUUCUUCACGAGUGGGAGAAGGAGAACGGCGUGGAGGGCGGGGUCAGUCUCGACGGCGACAAGAUGGAGGCGGGACUUGAUGAUGACGACGUGUCCAUCGACAUGACCCUCGCCGACGGAUCGUCUGACCGUUGACAUGUAAAGAUGUGACCCCGCCCCCUUCAGCGUCCAAGCAUGUUUUUUUGGAACAGUGACAUCAUUGCUACUUUGUUGCUAUGGAAAUACUUCAUAUUUUAUUACAUACAUUUUUUUCUUUUGAUGUUAUGAGAAAAUAAAAAUCAUAUCAAAUGUCA